UACCGCUCAAGACCGCAUACCCGUUUUCAACGGAGCCAUUUUGGAUUUGGGCUCUUCUGUACGGCACACAUGUUCUCACUAUUCUCCAAGUUGCAUCCGCAUUGUGUAUGAGCCUGAUCUUCGUUGUUUUAACCUGGUUCGCCGCUGCCAGAUUUGAUAUCCUGAACACGGAAAUCGAAAGGGCAAGCAACCUGAAUGAAGUCAACAGAUGUGUUCGACAUCACCAAGAAUCGCUAAAGUUUGCGAGCAGACUGUCGGAGACUGUGGGUCGUACAGCUUUAGCGGUGGCCGCAUCGAACUUCGCUGCAGUUAUGUUUGGAGGAGUCGUGAUCACUUUCAGGCAAUUCUACUCACUUGAUUUCGUCAAGGUGGUGGUCAUCGAGAUGGUAUCCGUGGUCCAUCUUUUUUUGUACGCCUGGCCAGCGGACUACAUGGCUCAGUUGAGUCAACGAGUAUCGGAAUCCGUUUUACAUGGCCAGUGGCUAGGCAAAUCGCCUAAGAUGCAACGCUCGGUAUUGAUUAUGAUGCAAAGGGCCAAUGAUCCAGUCAUAAUCAAAGUCGACGGCCUGCUUCCUGCCUUGAACCUGGAAACGUUUGGAGUUGGGUUAUCUACCAGUUUCUCGUACAUCGCAACGCUGCUCGCCAUUUUCGACGAGUGAAUAUGGAAGCAGAUAAUCCGCAGGAUCGCAAUGCUUUUGUUGCAUCAAGAUAUGUAC